AUGGCUAGUUCAACAGGUUAUGGGCCCAGGUCACGCCUGACAUUCGAUGGUGAUGAGAGGAAGUAUGAGCUGUGGGAAGUUAAGUUUUUAGGCCUAAUUAGGCUCCAGAAACUUCAUAAAGUUAUUCUCCCGAAAGAGGAAGGCGGCGUCAGUGAUGAAGAAUUGAACGGAGAGAAAAAUGCAGAAGCAUUUGCCGAGUUAGUACAGUGCUUGGAUGACAGAAAAAAACAUUUCAUUGAACUAGCUGAUGGGAGCAGAAUAAGAAAUACUGCACAGGGAAGAGGAGAUGCACGUAUCUGUCUUAUAGACUCUGAUGGUAAUGAGCAAGAAGCAAUUCUAAAAGAUGCUCUUUUUGUACCAACAUUCAAGCAAAACAUCCUAUCUGUACAAGCUGCUACAGAAAAGGGGGCAGAAAUAAAUUUCAAGAAAAAUUCAGCAGAAUUAAUCAGUCCAAAUGGCACAAAAUUCAAUAUAAAGAAGAGUGGUAGACUUUAUUACCUAUGCAGUACAGUCUUGACAAAGAGUACAUCACACACCUUGAAAGAAUGGCAUGAAAUAAUGGGACAUUGUAAUUCAAGAGAUAUUAUCAAAUUGGAAGGUGUUGUAGAUGGUAUGAAGAUUACAAGUAAAGAUAGUUUCCAAUGUGACAUCUGUACAGAGGGUAAAAUGACACAGUACAGAAACAGAAGUCCAGAUAAACGUGCCAAUGCACCACUUGAGUUGGUACAUGUUGAUCUGGCUGGACCGAUAGAACCUGCAGACAGAAAUGGCUUCAGAUAUGUGAUGUCUAUUGUAGAUGAUUACUCAAGUCUGAUCAUGGUGUACUUUCUGAAAGGAAAGAAUGAUGCCAUUCAUGCAAUGGAGAAAUUCUUAGCAGAUGUUGCAGUCUAUGGAACAGUUAAGAGGAUGAGAUGUGACAAUGGAGGAGAAUUCACAAGUGUGAAGUUUAAACAGCUAUUGAUAGAGAAUAAAAUAAAACAGGAAAUGAGUGCACCUUAUUCUCCUCACCAGAAUGGAACAGUGGAAAAGUCCUGGAGAUCCAUUUUUGAUAUGGCAAGGUGUCUGUUAUUGGAAUCUACACUGCCAAAGUCACUAUGGGUAUAUGUUGUGAUGACAGCAGUAUAUGUGAGGAAUAGGUGCUAUAAUCCAAGAACAGAGAAGACAGCAGUGGAGGCAUUCACAGGCCAUAAACCUAACAUUGGUAAUAUGAAUACAUUUGGCUCUGUGUGCUUUGCAUAUACACAGAACAAGACAAAGUUAGAUGCCAGAAGUGAGAAAGGCAUAUUUAUUGGGUAUGACAGAAACAGUCCUGCUUACUUGAUUUACUUUCCAAAUAGUGGCAAUAUUAGGAAAGUCCGAUGUGUGAAAUUCAGUACAAGUUCGUAUGAACAGGCCAUUGACACAGAAGACAUAGUUAUAAGAAGAGAGAGACAACCUGACCAAGAUGAAAAGGUUGAAUUGCAGGAAACAGUUGAACAGUCUGCUCAGUUAGACCCUCCAGGUGAAGACAGCCAAAGAAAGGGACACGAAAGGAGAUACCCAACAAGAGAACGCACACUGCCAAAAUAUUUCAAGGACUAUGUAACUGAAUCAGAUGAUAUUGGUUAUACAGUUGACUUUUGUUAUGCUAUGUGUAUGGAUGAAAUGCCAACAACCUAUGACGAGGCAUUAGUUUCUAGUGAAGCAAGUCACUGGAAGACUGCUAUGCAGGAAGAACAGUCCCUUGCAGAUCCUUGUGUAUACACUAAGAACACUGGGAGCACGAUGAUAAUAAUCAUUGUAUGGGUAGAUGAUAUUAUCAUUGCCAGCAGCAACAUGUCUUCACUCAAUGAAGUAAAAAGUUUUCUUUGCCAAAAAUUCAAGAUGAAAGACCUAGGAGAAAUUGGAUGGUUUUUAGGCAUACAGUUCAGCAGAGAAGGUAACCAAAUUACAAUGAAUCAAACUGAAUAUAUUAAGAGAGUGCUUGAAAGAUUUCACAUGACAGAUUGCAAGACAAGAAGUACUCCUUGUGAAAGUUCAUACAAGGCAAAUGAAAAUACAUCUGAUCCAAUUGAUUCCAAGUUGUAUAGAAAGAUAGUUGGAAGCUUGAUAUAUAUCAUGACUUCAACUAGACCUGAUUUGUGCUAUGUUGUCACCAAAUUAGCACAACACAUGGCAAACCCUACUUCAGCUGACGAGACCAUGGCAAAACAUGUAUUACGUUACCUGAAAGGAACAAUGAAUCAGAAAUUGAUAUUCUACAAAUCUAAAGACGAAAUGCAUUUAUUCGGAUAUUGUGAUGCAGAUUGGGCUAAUUCGGAAGACAGAAGAAGCAUUACUGGCUAUGCAUACCAGUUAGUAAGCAGCGGACCCAUGAUAUCCUGGAAAAGUAGAAAACAAAGAACAGUUGCUCUAUCUACCUGCGAGGCUGAGUAUAUGGCCUUAGCAGAAGCAACACAGGAAGCAAUAUUCUUAAUGCAGUUAUUGAAAGACGUGACAAACUCUACUUUAUAUGACAAGAACCAGUUUGUUGAGGAGGUAUUAAGCGAUGUUGUUGCGUGGAGGCACUACAGUGAAUCGAGUGCUGCGAUGCGUUUGAGGGCACUUCGAAAGCAUGUGUCUCUCUGUGGUACACACCUAUGUUCCGCCCAAGUCACAACAUAUGGCGCCCAACGUGGGGCAGGGGCAGUAGGUAUACCAUUUUAUUUUCGCAGAAUGUCGUCCGAAGAAGACGAGGAUCGAAGCCGCCUGGAAAGGUGGAAGGCCUUACGAAAAGGCAAUCGCUCAGUAGUUACGAAGUUUUAUAGAGAAGCUUUUGCUAUUAUCGAUAGUGCUCAAUCAUCUCAAGAAAAAAUCGCUCGCUUGAACUCGAUAAAAGUUUCGUUAAAGGAGAAACUUUUGUAUCUCAGAGACUUGGACAGUAAGGUCUUGGACUCGUGCAAUGUUGAGGAAAUCGAAAAUGAAGUCGAAGAUUCCUCGGAAUGGGAAGCAAAAAUUCACGAAGCAGUUAGUCGUAUCGAAGAUUUCCAAAGGGAAAAUCGCAGCUCAUUCUCGCUACCCACCACUCAAAAUGUCAUGGCGGGCAGAAGUUUCGAAAUACCGUCGCCAGCAAGGGCUGGCAGUGAAACACAGCACGAAGCAGUUCCACUCGGGGGGCCUACUCCAGCAUCGCCAUCUCGAAAUUUGAACGGAAGUAUUGCCUCAAGUAGUGCUCAUGCGACUGUGAAGCUCCCAAAGAUAAGUUUACCGAAGUUCAGUGGUGACAUAACUCAAUUUAAUUCAUUUUGGGAAAGUUUUGAAUGCGCAGUGCACAGUAAUCCUGGCUUAUCAAGCAUCAACAAGCUGAACUAUCUAUUCAGUCUGUUAGAGGGACCAGCAUAUCGAGCAGUACAGGUUCGCGGAUUACAGUCACUGGGAAUACCUUCGGAAAGUUAUGGGAACCUUUUGAUUCCAAUCAUCAUGUCUCGCCUCCCACAGGAAAUUACGAUGCAAAUCGCAAGAAAGAGGGCAGAAGACUGUUGGAACAUUACAGAAAUUCUUGGUAUCGUCGGAAGAGAAAUUGAAGCGAGGGAGAUCGCGAACAACAUAGCGCAGUCGACUAGACGGCAUGAAAGGAAUCCUCCACAAUCCAAGACAGUUAAAUGCUACUAUUGUCAAGGAGACCACUAUUCCUACGAAUGCGGCAAUGUGACUAGUGUGAAAGACAGGAAAAGUAUACUCAUGAAGGCAAGGAGAUGCUUUAAUUGCUUGAAUUUAGGGCAUUUGCAAAAAGACUGCAGAAGCCAAAGGGGAUGUCUAAAGUGCAAGGGACGCCAUCACCAAUCUCUGUGCCAAUCACACAACGAGAGGGCAGAAAAUAAGCCACCGAAGAAUGCAAAAAUUCAAGACAGCUUUAUCACGGCUACCGCUACGCAACAGGGAUGUGUGCUCUUACAAACAGCUACAACGUAUGCGUAUGGAAAAAACAGGGACAAGAAGAUCGAAGUUCAAGUUUUGUUUGACAAUGGCAGUCAACGCUCAUACAUUCGAGAAGAACUAAAGGAGAAACUAUUGCUGGACACUGUUAACAAAGAAAAUUUGAAAUUGAACACGUUUGGUUCAGAUAAGUUUAAACCUUUUGAAUGCAGUAAAGUAAAGUUGUAUUUAGAAACCGAAGAUAACGAGAGUGUAGAAAUUAGAGCGCUUACUAACCCCGUUAUUUGUUCACCCUUAGGUGCAAAGUUAGAUAUCAUAGAUUUUUCGCAUUUGCAUGGUUUAAGGCUCGCAGAUCGCAAAUUAGGACGUUCUAAUCGCAUAGAUAUUCUCAUUGGCGCUGACAGUUAUUUUGAUUUUGUAUUGGGAGAUGCCUUGAAGGGAGGAUCGGGUCCCACUGCAAUAAGCAGUAAAUUGGGUUGGUUGCUAUCAGGACAAAUCCCAGGCGAAAGUGAAUUUGAUUUUUCAUCUAAUGUUGUUUCUCAUCUUACCUUCGAAAUGCGAUCAAGUUCUCUAUUCGUAGCUCAGAAUGAGGAAACUAAUGAAAACCCUGCAAAAACCGAGGAAUUGAAGGAAGCUCUAGCAACGUUUUGGAAACACGAAGCUGGGGGCUUAUCACAAAAUGUCGGUGAAUCAGAGAAUUCAAGCAAAAAGGUUUUGGAUAUCGAGUUUACUGGUGAAAGGUAUUCGGUAAGCCUUCCUUGGAAGGAAAACUAUGAUUCUCCAUUACCAUCUGAUUAUAAAAUGUGUUUAGGUAGACUCGAGUCAGUUUACACACGAUUGAAGGGUAAACCAGAAUUGCUCAAGGAAUAUGAUUCUAUUAUUAAGGAGCAGUUAACUAAUGAUAUCAUUGAAAUUGUGCCAAACGAUCAGUUAAGACAUGAAAACAGUCAUUUCAUUAGCCAUCAUUGUGUCCUUCGUGACGAUAAAGUUACCACGAAGGUGAGAGUUGUCUUUGACGGAAGCGCCUGUUCUAAUGAAAAUUCUCUUUCUUUGAACGACAGGUUGGAAGUAGGUGAGAAUUUUAUACCACCUUUGUUCGAAACUUUAAUUCGCUUCCGAGUACAUGCUGUUGCCUUAACUGCAGACAUAGAAAAAGCGUUUCUUCAAAUAGAAGUUAAGGAUUCCGACCGAGACGCCCUUAGGUUUUUAUGGUAUGAUGACGUCAAUUCAGCGUCUCCAAAUGUUGUUCAAUUCAGAAUAAAACGCCUUUCGUUCGGUUUAACUUGCUCUCCCGGCAUUUUAGGUGCCACGAUUCGCUAUCAUGUCAAUUUAUUUGCAGAUCAACAUCCUAAAUCGACUAAGGUGUUAAAUCGCUUGUAUUGUGAUGAUUUGUCAUGCGGGGCGGCUUCUAUUGACGAAGCUUUUGAAAUUUAUCAAAAUUGUCAAGCCAUAAUGGAGAAGGGUGGUUUCAAUCUUCGGAAAUGGAACUCUAAUAAGGCAGCUCUAUUAGAUAAGAUAAAUCCAGCUGAUAAAUCUCUCUGUGAUAGUACCCCCUCUAACAUCUCUCCACAGGUUCAAGAAGAUGAUCAAUCCUAUAGUAAAUAUAAAGUCGGUAUGCCCUCAAACAGCAACAAAAUUUUAGGCAUAAACUGGGAUACAGACAGCGAUCUAUUGAUAAUUCCUAUUGGCAGUGUCGCUAUUUUCGCCAAAUCUUUACCGCCCACUAAAAGGUCCGUUCUCAAAAUUGCAGCGAAAAUCUUUGAUCCAUUUGGAUGUUACAGCUUGUUCGUUAUUAACAUGAAACUUCUAUUUCAGGAAUUAUGUGAGGCUAAAUUACCUUGGGAUGAGGAACUGCAGGGUUCUUAUAGGACUAAAUUCGAUUCGCUUCUUAAGCAGCUAAAUGAAGUACCUAAUGUAAAACUACCUCGUUUUGUUUUUCAAGAGGGAAAUACGGUUGAGAAAAUGGAAAUUCACGCAUUCUCUGAUGCCAGUGAGAAAGCAUACGCUUGCGUUGUCUAUCUUCGCAUUAUGUACACCUCGGGGGAAGUAGAUGUAAAGUUCAUUGCGUCAAAGGCCAAGGUAGCACCUUUGAAAAGGCAGACAAUACCUAGGUUAGAACUUCUAGGAGCUUGCUUAAUGUCUCAGUUAGUAGAAACGAUAAGAACCACACUAGAGGAUGAAUUAGGUCACUCACGUAUUCAAUCAUUUUAUUGGGUCGACUCGGUUGCGGUUCUUUGCUGGAUAAAAAACGAUCGAGCUUGGAAGCCUUAUGUCCAUAAUAGAGUAAGAAAAAUUAUUCAGGUCUCGCAAAGGGAAGAAUGGCAUUAUUGUCCAGGUUCACUAAAUCCUGCCGACCUACCCUCUAGGGGUAAAAAUCUAAGUAAGGUAUCCAGUGCUAACUUGUGGUUAAAGGGCCCGCCGUUUUUACAUCUUCCUCCCCAGGAAUGGCCCGCACAAGCAUUUACCGAGUCCUCCUCUUCUGCCGCUGCGGAGGAGAGAGGGUCAAAACAAUCAGAAGUCACUCACGUAAAUUUAAGUACUGAGGGCCAACAAACGUCAAGUGUUCUCAAUAUAAUAGACAUAAACAGGUUUAGCAGUAAAGGUAGGCUGUUGCGUUCUCUAGCUUGGGUGCAUAGAUUUUUGAACAAUUUACGAUCGUCCGUUCGCAAGGAAAAUUUGGUACUAGAUCAAUGGGUUACAGCAGAUGAGAUCAGUCAAGCAGAAACUGUAUUAAUAAAGGGAAUUCAACAACAAUCGUUUAACUCGGAGAUAGAAUUUGUUAUAGGAAAAUCGAAAAGUAAGCAGGUACCACCCCUGGUAAACCAAUUUAAUUUGUUCACUGAUGAACAAGGAUUAUUGAGGUGUAAGUCAAGACUUCUGCAUGCAAGCGUUGUCAAUGAAAGUAAAACGCCAAUAUUGUUACCGUCGAAAAGUUAUUAUUCGGAACUUGUCAUUGCUGAGGCACACAGUAAGGUGUUCCACGAUGGAAUAUCAGAAACGUUGAACUGCGCUCGUCAGAAAUACUGGAUACUCAGGGGUCGAGAAAUGGCAAAAAAGCAUAUUAGGAGAUGUGGCAAGUGUAAGUGGUUUGAAGGGUCAACUUUUAAAUUUAAUGUCACCCCUGACUUGCCAAAAAUACGGGUAGAUGAUUCACCCCCGUUUAGCAAUGUGGGAGUAGAUUUUGCCGGUCCUUUGAUGAAUAAGGGUAUUUAUACUAAAGGGAAAACAGAUAAUAAGAGCUAUGUUUGUUUGUUUACGUGUGCUGCAACUCGUGCAGUCCAUUUAGAGCUCGUGGAAGCCCUAGAUGUCGACUCGUUCAUUCGCUCCUUCCGCAGAUUCACUGCUCGCAGAGGUUUACCAAUAAGGAUCAUAUUCGAUAAUGCUAAGACAUUCAAAACAAUGUCCAAAGAAGUUAAACAAUUAAUUCGAAGUCCUAAGUUGAGCAGCUACUUAGAAACCCGGGGAGUAACAUGGGAUUUUAUCCUAGAUCGAUCCCCCUGGCAGGGAGGAAUGUGGGAGCGGUUGGUAAGAAGUGUUAAGCGCUGCUUGAAGAAGGUUAUAGUAUUGAUGAGAAUUAGAUGCACGAGGCAUGGAGAGAGGUUCGCUCUCUUGAGUAUAAAUAAUCACAUAUAA